AUGAGCGGUAACCUGAAGCAGAUAGAUGCUGGGUCUGGCUCAGUGGUUGGAGUGAACAAUCUUAAUGAAGUGUUCAUCCUGGAGGAUAACAUCUUCACAAAGAUCAAUAUGUCUCUAAAUCACUUCAGUGUUGGUCCUGCUGGUCAGCUAGGGGUGGAUUCAGCAAACAACAUCUUCAAGUUUCAGAGUGGUUCCUUCAUUCAGUUUCCAGGGCUUCUCAAACAGGUGGAUGCUGGAGGUGAUCAGAUCAUUGCAGGUGUCAAUAUGCAUGAUGACAUAUUCUGUUUAAAUAUGGAUGCUAACAACAAAUGGCCAUCCAGCACCACUCCUUGGGUUCAAAUUAAUGGAAAGCUGAAGUAUUACAGCUGUGGCCCGUACAGCUGUUGGGGAGUGAGCAGUUAUGACUAUAUCUUCAUCAUAAGGAAUGUGUCUAAUAAUGUCUGUUCUGGGUCUGGCGAAUUUGAGACUAUUUCUGGAUCUCUGUCCAUGAUUGAAGUAGCAACUGAUGGCAGUGUGUUUGGUAUCAACUAUCAAGGGAACUUAUACCAAACAGCUGGCAUCACUCGCUCCAACCCUGCUGGCGUAAAGUGGAUCCAAAUAAUUGCCUGUCCCAAUGGCCACCAGCAUGUGAGCUUUGACCUGGGAGUGCUGUGGGUCGUGUGUGUUGACGGCUCCAUCCGUACAUGUACUUUAUAAUCUGUCACUGCAGCAACAGAGGAGCUCAAUCAUUAACAGAAACCUCAAAGUAAUCAGUCAUUAUUAACAGAAAACUCAAA